AUGGAUACUUCAGUUUCUUCGGAAUUUGAAAACUUGAGAAGACUUCAUGUUAGGUUGUGUGAGCUUGUGAAAGAUACAGAUGAGCUUUUGUCUCCUGGCAUACUUAUUAUGUUUUUCAAUGGAAUUUUGUUUUGUUGUGUUUGUGGAACAAUGGUGGCAUACUCCGUAAAUAAUGGAAUGAGGAUUCAACUUGUUGUCUCUUUCAUAGUUCUUUUCAUUGGAAUGUUUAUUGCUUGCACUUUUUCAGAAAAUAUGGGAAAUAAGGUUAUGCUCUCCGCUACAACUUCAGAAAAUGGAAUCUACUUUACUGCAUCCGGGUUCUUUACGAUAAACCGUGCUUUGAUGACAACAAUCAUUGGGGCUAUUAUAACCUACACUGUUAUCAUGAUCCAGACUGGAGGAACAUAA